UCGCGUCUCUUCCCUUCAUUGGUCAGCCCCACUUCGGCUCCUGCCCAACACCACUUAGCAGCACUCCCCCGUCCUUCGGUCCCGCCCUUUCGGUCCCCCGGACUUUCCGCUUGUAUAAGACUGCGUUGUCAUAGUGACCGCCUGCCUCUCAGAGGUCUCGCCAUGGCCUGGCGAGAUGGCUGGAGCUCUGCCGACCCCGGCGCUCAGGUCGCUCAGCUCCAGGCUCCAGAGGCCUCAGUAACUAUCCUGCAGUCUCUUCCACUGGCUUGGGUACCUCCUCAUCAGCCAGGACACAUGAAGGAAGACCUACUGUCGCUGAUGAUGCUACAGAACAUUCAAAUGCACCAGCUGCUCAUGAGUCGCCUGACAAUGAGUGCUCUUGACUCCAAGCUCCUGACUGUCCAGGUCAACAUGCUACACCUGCAAGAUGAAGAAGGAGAGGAGGAAGAGGAGGAGAUGCUAGUGUUUCACCACCAUUACCUGCCUUGGUCAGCCCCAGCCCCAGUCCCAGUCCCUCUGCUUCCUUGUCCAGUGCCAGACCCACGUCAGUCAUGGCUCCCGGAGAUGUCAGAGAUUAGGAAUCUCCCUCAAGAUUCACAGAUCACCCCAUCUGCCAGGAGAGGAGUACCCCCACCCCCACCUCCCAGUGCCACAGGGACAGUAGGUGCUGAUGUACCACCUGCCUCAGACUACUACGAUGUGGCAGAGGGACAAUUGUGACACUACCCCUGGUGGACUGGCUUCUCUGGCUACACAGUAGGAGAGUCACGUGUUCUACAAUCUCCCAGCUUGGGCAGCUACAGACAAGGCGAUUUGUGG